GUUCGUUUUACCUGUGUUCGCGUUGAACUAAAACUACUUGCCGCGAAGAAAUCGUUGGUUAGUGAAGCAGUGGAACACGAUAAUAAGCGCAAUGCCCAGAGGAAUAAUAACACUACAGCUGGGUCAGUGCGGCAAUCAGAUUGGCUUUGAGUUCUGGAAGCGGCUCUGUUUGGAGCAUGGCAUUUCUCCGAGCGGGAUGCUGCAAGACUUUGCCACAGAUGGUAUCGACCGAAAGGAUGUUUUCUUUUACCAGGCCGACGAUGACCACUACAUUCCACGAGCGGUGCUGCUGGAUCUGGAACCCAGGGUUAUACAUAACAUAAUGUCGUCGGCAUAUUCGAAGCUGUAUAACCCAGAAAAUGUGUACUUGUCAAAGGACGGAGGCGGGGCCGGAAACAAUUGGGCGUCGGGCUUUAGCCAAGGGGCGAAGCUGCAGGAAGAAAUAUUUGAUAUUAUCGAUCGAGAGGUAGACAACACAGACAGUCUGGAGGGAUUCGUGCUAUGUCACUCCAUUGCUGGAGGUACCGGUUCGGGUAUGGGAUCCUUCAUCAUGGAAACAUUGUCGGAACGCUUCCCGAAGAAGCUCAUCCAGACCUAUAGUGUGUUCCCGAAUCAGGACGAGAUCAGUGACGUCGUCGUGCAGCCCUACAAUAGUCUGUUGACGUUACGCCGUCUUACGAGCUGCGCGGAUUGCGUCGUGGUGCUAGAUAACACGGCUCUGAAUCGUAUCGCCACCGAACGUUUGCAACUAGAAAAUCCAAGCUUUGCGCAAAUCAACACGCUCGUUUCGACGAUCAUGUCAGUCAGUACGACGACAUUGCGCUACCCGUCGUAUAUGAAUAACAAUUUGAUCGAGUUGAUCGCUCCGCUCAUUCCGACAUCGCAACUCCACUUCCUUAUGACCGGAUACACGCCCUUGGCGACUGAUACCGACACGCAAUCGGUGCAGAAAACAACGGUGCUGGACGUGAUGCGUCGUCUGCUGCAGCCAAAGAACAUGAUGGUAUCGACAACUUCGGACAAAGCAAACCAACAUCGGUACAUAUCGAUUUUGAACAUCAUUCAGGGUGAGGUAAAUCCAUCACAGGUGCACCAGUCGAUCCAGCGUAUUCGGGAGCGCAAACUGGCGCAAUUCAUACCGUGGGGCCCGGCCAGUAUACAGGUGGCACUUUCCCGCAGCAGCCCAUACGUACAAAGCAGCCAUCGAGUGUCUGGCUUGAUGCUCGCUAAUCACACCAGCAUUUCGUCACUGUUCGGUCGCUGCCUCAACCAGUAUGAUAAGCUCCGCAAACGUGGAGCCUUCUUAGACCAAUUUCGGCGCGAGGAUAAAUUUAAGGACGAUCUCAGCGAGUUGGACGAAUCGCGGGACGUUGUCGAGGCGUUAAUGCAAGAAUACAUUGCCGCCACCCAACCGAACUAUCUUAACUGGCACGCCAAUCGCGCUACCGAAGCCGUUGCCAUCCAUUAAAAACGGAUGCUACUGGAACGUCUCAUUGCUAUACGGAAAGGCGACAUACAUUUCGGUACAACAACCCCUAAUUUGUUUAAAGAUAGAACUUUCGGUUUAAUCGAAAGUUCUUCAAACCAAUCUCUACGUUUGUCUCCGAAUCCUUUUAGGAGAACUAGUGUGCCAAAGGGGCAUUACUGUAAGAAGUCACUAGGUUUCCAUUUUUGCGAAUAAUCAGUUGUUCAAAUGUGCCAAU